AUGGAGAAAAAACUAAACUCAAGUGCUCAGUUCAGCAGUUGGACUCCCUUGAACAACAGCCCGCAGAACAUGCAGCUAUUUGAAGAGAGGACAAAUUUAGUGCUGCGCUGGUUUGAUCUGUGGACUGACCGACAGCGAAAACACAUGCUACAUACUGUGCUCACACGUUGCACCAAGCCUCAGCUAAGAUACUGUAGAAAUCUGCUGACUGAAAAGCUUCCAAUGACCCAAGUGGAUUUCACAGCAAUGCUUCCCCGCUUCCUGUCACUUUAUAUCAUGUCUUUCUUGCGCCCUCUGGACCUUUUCUCUGCUGCCCAAGUCAGCUGGCACUGGAGGGUUUUGUCUGAACAGGACUGUCUCUGGGCUGGGCGCUGUAUGCGUCAAGGUUGGUUUCUUCCAUACACACCUGGAGAAAAGGAGUUUGGAGCUUGGAAGAAACAAUUCCUUUCCUGUGUCAAGACACUGGGUAAAGUUACACGUUGUGAGGCAGCGCAACAGCACUGGGAAAUCAACCAACCAUAUGAUGAAGAGGAGAAAGAGGAGAGACUAAAAGAGAACUUAACAAGGCAGAUGAUCAGAGCAAAGAUUCAAGAGGAGAAGAGAUUAGCACUGACAACGAGGAAAGUGUGGGGCAGCAGGACAAAGUUAGUGGUAUCUGGAGUUGGUAAUAUUGAGAACCAAGCAAACAUUGGGACGAUUUGCAAGACCUCUGGAUCUCCUGACCUGAGUCAGAGCACAAGCAGCAGCCUAACCUUGGAGAAAAACAUGGGGCGCAGCUGUAGCAGAGCUAGUGGGCAACUGUUCCAUUACGUCUCCAGAGAUAGAGCAAUACAAUCAACUUGCACCUACACCCAUCCUGCAACCUGUCUGCUGUUGGUCUCCAAUCGAAUUCCUGCAUACGAGCUGGUGCUGAGCGGCGCUAAGGCAGAUGUGAUUGUGGUUCUCUAUGACCAUCAAGGGACGCACUCAGCACUAUUAGCCCAGGUGGAGGGUGCUAUUUCUGGGCGCACAUUUCAAAGGCUCGGCCUGUUAGCACCAGGAGGAACAGAGGAAAUCCAUCUAUUUCACAACUGCUGCUUAUCAGAUAGAACCCUACUUUCCACAGAGCACAGAGAUUUCUGGGAAAAACUUUCUUGCCUGGUGGCCCCAGCUGAGCAAGGCGGUGGGAUUGACAUUUUUUCUCCAUGUGCAGCAUCGGCCUUCGGGGUGGCGCUCCUGCAGAAACUGGCCGCUCUUACAGGUCUAAAGGUUUGGGCACCUAUGGGUCUUGCCACUGGAAGUUUUCAAAAUAUCCUUAGUGAAUGGUCUGAUGGUAGUAUCAGUCCUAUUGGGUUCUCCGAACCAAAACCGGGAGGCCAGGCACUCCGUUACAUUAGUGAACCAGUCCUGCAUGGCUGGUGCAGACAUGCUGAGUGGAUGGAGGAAGCUCUGGGAGAGAUGAAAAGCUGUCUAGAACACCAGCUUCAGCAAGUUGGCCUUCAAGCCCGAGGCAGAGCUCUGGGCUAUUUUUUGUGGGAGAAAAUCUGUCUUGAGGAUCUGUGUUUGUCUGAAGACCUAAGCAUGGCGCUCACUGAGGGACUAACUGUUCUCAGCAAACAGGAAGAGACGAGACCACUUGAAUUUCUUGCUAACUUCCUGAUGAAAUGGAGUGAUGAAAGGAAGGCCACAAAGGAAAAUCAAGUAUCCAAUGUCUCUCUACUGUCUGGAAGCCCUCAGACGCAGCUGGACUGGAGAGGGGCCAUCGUCAGAGAGCUGCAACACAGCGAGUUUUUGUAUAUCAGCAGACUGAGCGGUCUUAUGAAGGCAUAUCAAGAACCUCUCACAGCAGCCCUCAACUCCAACAGAGAAAUUCUCAGCUUUGCUGACAUUAAUGUAGUUCUGAGCCCUGUUUCACAAAUACUGGACCUCAACAGGGGGUUCAAGGCAGAUUUAGAUGCCAGACUGCAGCAGUGGGGUGCGGAGCAGUGUGUUGGCGAUGUGUGCUUAAAACUGUGUAGGCACCUCAGAGUAUACACAAACUACCUCAACAACUACACAACUGCGCUAAGUACCAUCGACAAGUGCAGGGAAACAAAGCCAUUAUUUCGAGCGUUCCUGAAGAGAACUGACAGAACUCUGGCAACACAUAUGCUGUGUUUACAAGAGCUAUUGCUGUGUCCAGUGUGGAGAAUCCAUGAGUACACAACUCUGCUCCAAGCAUUGAUGCUGCAUACACACGCUAGUCACCCUGAUUACACACACCUCUCUUCUGCUCUCACCACAUUGCAGCAAUACACACAGUUCAUCAAAAAGCUGAAGCGCAACUGUGAAAGAGACCGACUUUUGGAGGAAACCCAGCAGAUGAUCCAAGGCUGUCCGAGGCUCAGAGAAGGAAACCGUCAGCUGAUAACCAGCCAGGAUGCUGCCUUGCUAAACUGCUCCAAUGAUCACGUAUCAGAGUCUCUCAGGAUCUACGAGCAUGUGGCAGAUGUCAGCCUCUUCCUGUUCACGGAUAUUUUGGUGUUGACGCUGAAGCAAAAGCAGCACGCACCUUUCACAGUGGUGCACAGGAGCACACACACUUUCCUUGCCUCUGUGGCGCUCGCCAAUCUGACUCUGAGGAAGAUCACAUACUCACGCUAUGUAAAGUAUGCCUUCAUUCUGGAAGGUCCCUCUUGUCCAUGGAUUUGUGGCACAGAACGAGAAGAGGAGAUGGAACACUUUCUGUGCGUGUUGAGCAGUGCCAUGAAAACAACUUUGACAUAG